CGAUGGUAUCACAGUGAAACUGCUACGCUGGAGCACAUGGCCACCUAGAAAGAUAUUGCAGUCCAAUGGAUGGAAUCUUACCAGCCAGGUCCUGAAGAACUAGCAGGUGAUGACCUGUCAGACUACAGAGGGUUUUUUAUCGCAUCCAGACUGGAAUUAGCCCAAAGAUAUUACUUAGGGUGGACAAUGAACAACACUGCUAGGUGCCAUGAUGAUCACACCCUGGAUAAGUAUUUGUUUCCAUUUGUGUACAGCACUGUAAUGGUCAUCAGUAUUCCCAUCAACUGCAUAUUCCUCUGUGCAUCUUGUGUUCAAAUGAGGAAGAGGAAUGAGUUAGCAGUCUACCUCUUCAGCCUUUCGCUGGCUGACCUCUUGUACUCUCUGAUCCUGCCUCUGUGGAUUGAUUAUGCCUGGCAUGGAGAUAACUGGAGGCUCUCUGCCUUACUUUGUCAGAUUUCUGCCUUCCUUAUGUAUAUGAAUUUCUACACCAGCACUGUGUUGCUUGCUUGCAUCUCUGUCAACAGAUACCUGGCAUUAGUUCACCCUUUGAAGCUCCAGCAUUUGCGCACAAGAAGAUUUUCCUUGAUUGUCAGCAUAACUGUUUGGCUUUUUGAAACCAUCUUGAAUUCAGUCAUCUUAGUAAACAAAGAAACAUUCAGUGAUCCUUGCAAUUCCACUAACCACACAUUAUGUUAUGAUAAAUAUCCCCUGGAACGGUGGCAGGCACAACUAAAUAUAUUCCGGAUAUGCUUGGGUUACCUGGUCCCUUUGAUAAUCAUUGUGUUCUGCUACUAUAGAAUCUACCAAGUGGUGAGGUGUAAUCAAGCCACAGUAGAUGAAGAAAAAAAGAAAAUCAGGAAACUAAUACUGAACAUCACAGUCACUUUUAUUGUUUGCUUCACUCCUUAUCAUGUGGUACUGCUUAUUCGCAGCAUCAAAGAACCUUACACCACUAACCCGCAGUUUGUCCAGCUGAUGUAUAAGAUUUACAGAAUAACCCAGGCCUUAACAAGUUUGAAUUGCAUUGCUGAUCCUAUUCUUUACUGUUUUGUGAGUGAAACUGCAAGAACAGACAUUCUGAAUUUGCUCAGGUGUUGCCUGUAUUUACAAAAGCGUGAGGGAAACCAAGCAAAAGCCAAUGCUCUGUGUAGCUGUGCUGUGAAGAGGAGUGCACUGAUCAUGAGCAGAACUUCCUGUGAGACUCUCUCAAAAAUUUCCGAGAGAGUAUAGUCAAAGCAACAUUUGAUAAGAUAAAGGGAAAAGAAAGAAAAAUUCUUCCACAGCCUGUACCUAAGAAAUACCCCCAAAAUUAGACACUCGUCUAAGUGAAAUUAGUAGUGUUGGGGAAUAAAGAGCAGUCUUUUAUUGGUCUUCCCUACAAAUAGCACAAAGAGUGCAUCAUCUGGAAGGUGAAAGAGAGUCUAGACUUCUGAGUUCUCUGGAGCUAAUAAUGACUUAUUAUAGGGUCAAUGAAAUCAAUGAAGCAUGAAAACAUAUCUUUAAAUCAGGCAUGGUACGUAAAUGAAUGUCAAUAAACAAACUCACAGUCAAGAAACGUGAACAUGACAUA